AGAAUCACGUAAUAUUCGAUAACACCCAUGGCAUGAUGAGGACGAUGGCGUAUCGAGUUGAAGAGGUGGUUAUCGUUUAUGCGAAGAGAGAGAAAGUUUCAGAUACAGAAAUUUCCGCUCUUCUCUCGCAACCCUCAGAAUCCAACUAAUUUUCUACCAUAUAAAAACCUCUUCUCCUCAAUCUUCUUCCUAUAACCGCGCGCGUCUAUCUCGAUUCCUCUUAUUUCUUCAUAUCCAAGGUAACUCCCGCUCUCAAUUUUGUAGAAAUUCCAUUUCGAUAUGGUUUAAUGAAUCUGUACGUGUAUGAUCGCGGAUUGAAUGUUUCGAAUUUGGAGAACACCAGACCCGCUCCUUGUGCUCUUACUCUUAUUUAUGCUUAUGAAUCUAUGGUUGUUUGCUUAUUGCUUAGCAAAACAAAAUCGCAGUUACAGUUUUGGUGUGCAUUUUUCAAUUUAUUUUGUUCACGAUGUUAGGUUGAGAAAUGAUAUACAGUGAGGCAGUUACAGAUGGAGUGAUUAUCAUUUUAUCAGCAGAAGACUAUAGGUGUUAGUUUUGGUGUUGUAUUGGAUAUGUGAAAAAUACUUCAUGAACAACUGUGUUUUUUUAUUGCUUGGCAAGGCAUAGAUGGUGUUUGCUUUGGUUUGAAUGAUGAUAGAUACAAAUAAUCUAACCUAUCUCACAUUUAAUUUGAUAGGAGUAGUUUAUUUUAGAUAUGAACUUAUAAUCAUCUUAUCUUUUAAACACUCAAUCCUUAUGUGUUACUAGUUACUACAAUCAAUUUAUCCUAUCACUCAAAAAGUAAACUGUGUAAAAGCUGUUAGUUUGUGUUACUAUAUAGUUUUACCAGCAUCAUACAACUAAUUACUGAUUGCCUCGUUUGAGCCCCUCUUGUUUGUACUUAGUUUUUUUUCUGUUGAGGGCUUAAGUUCAUCAGAGAUUAGAUUGCCAAUGGCCAAAUCGAAGAAGCUGGAGAGGAGAUCGGACUCCCAGCACCAUCUAGUAAGCCUGCGUAAGCUAUCAUCUAGGUGCACGAAGGUCUGUGGAGACACCCACAAUGGGAAGAAAGCAUCCGAAAAGAAGGAAUGGGAAGAUGCAGAAUGCUCGGUCUGCUUGGAGUUUCCUCACAACGCUGUUCUCGUGCUCUGUUCCUCGUACGAUAAGGGCUGCCGUCCUUACAUGUGCGCUACUAGCCAGCACUACUCCAAUUGUCUCGAGCAGUACACCAAGGUUGCCCCCAACCACACCUCCAAAUCGUGGCAACCAUCACCAGCAGCAGCUGCCUCUGAACUAUCUGGGAUAUUGUGUCCUCUUUGUCGGGGUCAGGUGAAGGGCUGGACAGUGGUGGAGCCUGCACGUAGGCAUCUCAACGCAAAAAAGAGGGCCUGUGUGCAGGAGGGCUGCUCGUUCGUGGGCCGCUACAAAGAGCUCAGGAAACAUGUCAAGUUAGCACACCCUCUGGCCCGCCCCCGGGAGGUGGACCCUUUGCACGCUGAGAAAUGGAAAAAGCUCGAGAAUGAGAGGAACAUAAGCGACGUGAUUAGCACGAUCAGAUCCACCAUGCCCGGGGCGAUUGUCAUUGGUGAUUACGUGAUAGAAAGGGACCGUCACGGCUAUAGGGAUUAUGAAGAUGAUGAUAAUUUGGACAAUGACGAUGAUGGUGCUGAUGAUGGUUUGGAUGAGUUGACGUUCAGUGCCCCAUCAUACGGCGAGCGCUGGGAUAGCGGAGCUCGAGCUGCGGCUCCCGACAGGCGCCAUCGUCCGGGGCAACGGGCGAGAUUAUUGGCACAGCGUUUGACCGGGAGGCUCAGAGGGCAAGGCCGGUAAUGUGGUUGGUUAUUCUGUUGCAAGGAAUGUAGUAUUGUACAGCGCUGUGCUGAUCGUAGUUCCUUUUCAAUCCCAAACUAUGAAAAACAAAGAUAGAAAGAAAAGCAUGUAACAGCUCAUUGAUUAUAUAAUCUACUUCUACAUGAUUUUCUUUCUUGAUA